AUGGUUUCAACAGUAAUUCGUUGUAUCGUAUUCGUUCUAUUCAGAUGUGUUCAUCAUCCUCGAUGUCAUAAUCUUCCUGUUUGUUAUCCAGUGCCGAGUUUCAAUCGACAACUUUGUCCACUGAUAGCAACGAUGAAUAGCACAACUACAAGUACGAUUCCAAUUACAACUGCAACAACACCGACAACAACUACAAGAGCUACCAAACAACCAGGUAAGCAUUAG